AUGGAGAAAAGGAAGGGGAAGCGAGUUAGAUCAGAGGAUUCCGACGAGUCAGAUCGGGAAUGUCUCGGCAAGGAACGGAAAUCUGACAAGGUGCGUAGGACGAGGAAGAAAGAGAAGGAUGUUGUGAGCAGCGGAUCUUCGAAUUUAGACCAAAUCGGAAGAAGAAGAGGAAGAGGAAGAGGAAGAGAAAGAGGGAAAGGGAGACGAGGACAAUCUAAUGGUGGAGAGGUCUCGAGGUGGUCUACUCAAAGUGACAAGGAUGAUUCUGAUGGAACCAGAAAGUAUGUGGGGUUGACUUGCCAUCAUUGCAAAAACUUCACGAGUAAGAGUGAGCUUAUCUUCUGUUCUAAGUGUAACAAGAAGUGCUACUGCUAUGAAUGCAUCAAGAGAUGGUAUCCAGAGAGAACGAGUGAGGAAGUUGGAGCUGCAUGCCCCUUCUGUGUAGGGAACUGCAACUGCAGAGCUUGUUUGCGUCAACCUUUGGUUGUGAAGAAACGAAGUGAAAAAGACUCAAAUGUCAAGCUCAAGCAGUUGCAGUAUCUACUAGUUAAAGUUCUUCCAGUACUUAGAGAUAUUUAUACUGAGCAGAACCGUGAACUAGAGGUUGAAACAACAAUUAGAGGAGUCCCUGUGACAGAAUCUAAUAUAAGUUGGUGCAAACUUCACCCGAGUGAACGCAUAUACUGUGACCUCUGCAGCACAUCCAUCGCCAAUUUUCACAGAAACUGUCCGAACCCCGAUUGUUCAUGCGAUAUCUGUCUUGCCUGCUGCAAGGAACUAAGAGAAGGUUUCCACGAUGAAGCAAAAGACACCGAAGCCUAUGUUCCAUUGGAUUCCUCUAGUUGGAAGCUUAACUCAGACGGUAGCAUUCCAUGCCCUCCAAAAGAGCGUGGUGGUUGUGGAACUUCAACACUGGAGCUGAGACGCUUGUGCGAAUGUGAUUGGGUUGAAAAUCUGAUAACGAAUGCAGAGGAAGUUACUCUGCAGUUUAGGCAACCGGAUGUGGAUAUUGCUCACGAUUGUUCCUCAUGCAUUACAAAUUCUGAUUCCAUUAGAAGGCAGGCGGCGUUUAGGGAGAAUGCUCAUGAUAACUUCUUAUACUCCCCAAGUGCUGUUGAUCUGGCUGAAGACGAUAUUGCUCAUUUUCAGUCGCACUGGAUGAGGGCGGAACCUGUUGUCGUCAGAAAUGUCCUCGAGAAGACAUCUGGACUAAGUUGGGAACCAAUGGUCAUGUGGAGGGCUUGUAGGGAAAUGGAUCCAAAGGUUGGAUUUAAAGAAGAGGCGAAAACCGUGAAAGCUUUGGAUUGCUGGGACUGGAAUGAGGUUGAAAUAAAUAUUCAUAAGUUUUUUCAAGGCUACUUAGAAGGACGCAUGCAUCGCAAUGGUUGGCCAGAAAUGUUGAAAUUGAAGGAUUGGCCUCCAUCAAGCUUAUUCGAAGAGCGCCUUCCGAGGCAUAAUGCUGAGUUUAUUGCUGCAUUGCCUUUCUUUGAUUACACUGACCCAAAGUCUGGUAUCCUAAAUCUCGCAACAAGACUCCCAGAAGGAUUCUUGAAGCCGGAUCUUGGACCCAAGACAUACAUUGCAUACGGUUUCCCUGAAGAGCUUGAUAGAGGAGAUUCUGUGACAAAACUCCAUUGUGAUAUUUCUGACGCGGUCAAUGUUCUUACACACACAGCUCAAGUGGAAAUACUUCCCUGGCAAUACAAACAAAUCAAAGUAGAACAGAGAAACUAUGCAAAAGCCCUGUUGCGUAAACAGCAAUGCAGUGGUCAAAGGACAGAAGCCAGCGAACUUGAGAACAAGUCGCUGAAAGAAGUGGAUGAAGAUAAAUUCAUCAUGAUUGACCCUAUAAAGAAUGGGGAGGCUUCAAAAGAAUGCAAUGGUCUUUUGGGAGAACAGGUUUUAAAGGAUAAGGUAGCUAACGAAGAACAAUCAAAUAGCGGUUCGAGACCGUCCUGCUUACAAGAGACUGAUGAAAUAUUUGUUUCAAAAGGUGACUGUACAAACACUGAAAGAGCUGAUCCUAUGGAAGGGUCUUCUAGUUCAUAUUCCUGCACCACUGCUAUGGAUUCAGGUCAUGACCCAAAGGUGGAGUCGGGUCAUGAUCCAAAGGUGGAGCCGGUUCAUGAUCCAAAGGUGGAGCCGGUUCGUGAUCCAAAAGUGGAGUCGGGUGAUCCAAAGGUGGAUGCGGGUUUAGUUCCUCAGGAGAAUACAACGCUGACAAACGAAUCAAUUGUUGACGAGAAUCAUAAUGACGUCUGUUUGAAGACAGAGAGAUCAUCUCCAAACCAAAGAGAAGAAGAUGAUUCCUCGGUGGAGAAUGGACUAAUGACGCCAACAGUUCUCCCAACUGCCGCAGAGAAUAAUCUCCUGCAGCCUGUUCUGUCUCAUCCUGUGACGACAACUGCAGAAUCCAUACAAGAGCAGAAACUGGAAACUCGUAAGGAUACUGAGGGCAGUGCCAGUCAGAGCUCAAAGGAUGUGCAUGGUGGUGCUAUCUGGGAUAUCUUUAGAAGAGAGGAUGUUCCAAAACUUAUUGAGUUUUUGAAAAGGCACAAGCAUGAGUUUCGUCACAUCAAUAACCAACCUGUGAAUUCUGUUGUUCACCCAAUUCAUGACCAGACUUUGUUCUUGAAUGAAAGCCAGAAGAAACAGCUGAAGGAGGAAUUCGAUAUAGAACCAUGGACAUUUGAGCAACACCUCGGCGAAGCAGUUUUCAUCCCUGCAGGCUGUCCUCACCAAGUGAGGAAUAUACAGUCUUGUAUAAAGGUGGCACUAGAUUUUGUUGCUCCUGAAAGCUUAGAGGAAUGCCUUAGGCUAACACAAGAGUUUCGGGGAUUACCAAAAAACCACAGAUCCAACGAAGAUAAACUAGAGCUUAAGAAAAUAGUGCUGCAUGCUGCGAGCUCAGCAAUAGGAGAGGCAAAAGAUAUAAUGCAAAAGACCAUGACACUAUGA